AUGGCAUUACGCUCCAACACAUCCCUGCUAUGGCUGUGUCUGGGAGCAUCCUUGGGCUUUCUCGCCUGCCGCCAGCUCGUGCGCAACCUCCUUGAGGUCCCCAAACUGACCGAAAUCCGGCACGACGAAAACGACGAGCGCAUGAUCAGCCAGGGCACCGAGGAUGCUCUCAAGCUCGACACGCUUCACAAGUUGACUGAAAGUCCAAGCUAUGAACUCCGCGGGGCGUCGCUUCGGAUUAUAUCAGAACGGGCGACGAAAGAAGCCUCGCGUGAUCUUCUUUUAGAAGACCUGGCUAGCAAAAACAAGCGCCGGCGAGACCGCGCCUUGACUGCCAUUUACUUUUUGGUUUCCAGCCGUGCUCGUGAGUGCCGACACACACUCGUUGCCCAACACAGGCGAUUUGAUAAUUCAGUAGUAGCACGCUCAAUCUCUCCCCUGCGGUUACACGACCAACCCACCUUCAACGCCCUGAUCGACUGCCUCUGCAAUUUCCUUGCCGAACACACCGAGGAAAUCGGCACCAGCAAUUCCCCCGUGCUUCCCAAAACCCGACCCGCCGGCGAAAGAAAGGCCCUGGCCGCACUGAAUGUUCUUCUCAUUGAUAACGUGCCUCCUGCGCUGGAAGCGGGGGUUAUCACGCGGUGGUUGGCGAAUUACCCAUUUCCAUGUCUUCGUGAUGACAACGACAGCAGUGACCACCGACGCAAGGAUCCGGUCUGGUUGAUGAAGGAGUACUGGAUGGACGAUACCCUGAUGAGCUCGAUUUUCUCGACGUUGGUUAUGCAUCCAGAAGGAAACCGGCAAUUCCGCCAGGUUGGAUUGCUGGGCAGCGUGAUAGAUGAAGACGAUGAGGACGAUGAGGAUGACGACGACGACGACGGAGAUGAGGACGGGGAUGAGGAUGAGGAUGAGGCUGAAGUCGAUGGUGAUGUUUGGAUGGUCAAUGGCGACGACACAGCCGGCCGAGGCCGCGUGCCUGAACGUCUGCGCCAGGCAGACGAGAGCCUCGAGGAGCAGACACUUCGCCGGCGCCGGAGAGAGGCCAUGGUGUUUAGUGAGGCGGGGAGACCGCUGGGGAAUGAAAACAUUAUUGAGCGGCUUCCUGGGUGGUAA